UGUGGUUGCUGCUUCUUGGGCAAAUUUCAACCUCAGCUUGGACGUGAACCCUUGCAGGUUGCAGCCGUGCCGAUUUGCUUCAACAGAUCACUGCCCCAUCGCCGGUUCUGCCACCAACUCCUCGGAUCAAUGCCUCGCCUGUUGCCCUGGCCAUUGGGGCAUGUGGUGUGUGUGAUCCGGCUCUCCAACUGUUCCUCGUUUCUCCAUUAGUAGAUUAGAUCCCUUGGGCACGCUAUCUGAUGCAACUACUGCAACACCACAAGGGCGUCCAGCAGCAACAACUCCACCCGUGCCGCGGCCUGCACCUGCAACAACACCACUGCUUUUGUACAUCCAAAAUCCCAAUAUAAAUCUAGCCAACAUGCAUCCAUGCACAUCAGCAGCAGUCACCGCUACGAGUAACCCGCCUGGAGAGUGUAGCAGCCCUCCCAACAGAGUUCUUGCUCUCCUCCGUGCACGCACCAAGAUGGCCAAGGCGGCGCUCUGCAUGAUGCUCGCGCUUGCUCUGACGAGCUGCGCAUUCGCCGGCCGCGUCCUCAACGAGCAUCCUGCCGCGCCUCCGGUAGAGGCCGAUCCGUUGCCGGGGCCGACCGAGCCGCCUGUCGACACAGUGGUAGUGCCGGUGCCCGCGGCGGCGUCGCCUUUGCCAUCCGAUGCCGCGGGCGCCGCAGGAGUAGCUCCGGCCGCGGGUGCUGGUGCAACGGCCAACCUAGGAGCCGGUGUGGCUGCAGGCGCCGGCGACAGCCCGCUGACGUUCUUCAUGCACGACAUCCUCGGCAGCUCGUCGCAGCCGUCAGCGCUCAUGGUGACCGGGGUGGUGGCGAGCGCCGACGACCUGGCCAGCAGCAACAACGUCGUCCCCUACGACAGCCUCGUCCAGAGCAAUGGCAACGCCGUCAACGGCGGCUACAAGAACACCAUCCCCUCCGUCAACGCUGGCGGCGGCGCCACGCCCCAGAACCUCCUCUUCGGCAUGACCACCGUCGUGGACGAGGAGCUCGCCGGGGGCCACGAGCUCGGCGCCGCGGCCGUCGGCAGGGCGCAGGGGUUCUACGUCGCGAGCUCGCAGGACGGCAGCAGCAAGACGGUCGUGCUGACGGCCCUGUUCGGCGGCGAAGCGCACGGCGACACGCUCAGCUUCUUCGGGGUGCACCGGACGGGGGCGCAAGAGUCCCGCAUCGCCGUCAUCGGCGGCACAGGGAAGUACGAGACCGCCAAGGGCUUCGCCGCCAUCCGCACACUGCACCCCGGCGACCAGCACGCCACCGACGGCGUCGACAGCCUCCUCCAGUUCGAUAUUCACCUCUCCUGAGCUGAGCUGCUUCCCUAACUAGUGGUAUCAGAUUAUAUGAUGCUCUGCCGUCGCGCUGAACAUUUGUAAUCUGAAUUUCACGGCCUAUGCAUUUUACUACCAUAACACUCCUAUAUGUAAUGCAAACUAAGUACUGGUGUAUUUAUGCAUAUUUUAUGAAGAAAACUAAGUAUAUUUAUGCA